GGAGCUAAAGCUUUGUCCUCUACCGCACACUGCAUAUGACACUGAGGACACCUCUGCAGGGGCAUACAUCAACCUGAAGAAUCCUCUAAAACCUGGACAAGGAAAGAAACUCAGCUGUCCUAUUGAUCUGCUCACAAUGAAGCCGCUGUUUGUCCUCCUCGUUUCCACUGCCUGGAGUUUCACUGGAGCCCAGUAUUACUACCAGGGGCUGAUGGAUUAUCUGGAGAAUAGAUUGUUGGCUAUUGAGGACCGCAUGCAGCUGUGGCACGAGCAGUCCCAUCAAUAUCACACAGAGAUGAAGGAUUUUAAAAAGCUGACUGCUGAGGCCAUGGAUGUGAAGACUGAACACAGCAUAUUGUUCAAAGACCUGGACGGAGCGGCAGUGCGAGUGGACCGGGUGGAACGAGAGAUGGACUACGUGGAAACCCAGGCGUCCCCUCGGGCCUGUGGGAACAGGGCGGAUAAGGUAGUGGAGCAGGAGGCGUGGGAGCUGGAGGAGCACAGAGGAGAGGAAGAGGAGGAAGAAGAGUGGGAGGAGCUGCAGUCUAGAGUCUCUGACUGUGUGGAAAUCAUCUCUGGCAUCCGAUCAGUGAAAAUCCUGAAGCGAGUGGGCAGUCCCAAGGGCAUGUGGACCAGAGACCCCAGAUCCUCCAAGGUUUACAUCUUUAACGGCACAUCAGGAGACACCAUCUACCAGUUCAACUCUGUGCGUGACUUUUCUCGCUCCCUGGGACUCACUAGCAGCAGAAGCAUCAGGCUUCCCUCUGAGUGGAGCGGUCCUGGCAGCGCUGUUUAUAAUGGCUAUUUAUACUACAUAAAGCAGGAGGCUGAUGCAGAUAUGCAGGUGGUUAAGUACAACCUUCUGAGCGGCUCUGUGACAGAAACUGCGAUGUUCCCUGUGGAGGGCCGUGCCACUGUUUACAACCUCAAUCCAGAGACUGUUGCAGACCUUGCAGCAGAUGAUGGGGGUCUCUGGCUCCUGUAUGCCCCCAGUGACAGUGAACCAACCAUCAGCCUAGCAAAGAUGGACGCUGCCACUCUUGAUAUAGAGCAAAUCUGGGACACCCAAUGCCCACGGGAAUAUGCAGAGGCGGCUUUUGUAGUCUGCGGGACUGUCUAUGUCGUUUACAACACCCGUCUGGCUAGCCGCUCGCGGGUUCAGUGUGUCUUUGACGUCAACGACAUGGUGCUCAGUGAAGAGGCUCCGCUGAUCUACUUCCCCAGGAGGUACGGAGCCCACGCUAGUCUGAAAUACAACCCCGAGGAGAAGCAGCUUUACAGCUGGGAUGACGGCUACCAAAUUAUUUAUAGACUGACCAUGAAGAGGAAACUCCUGGCUUGA